AGUCAUGUGCGUAUGUUCAUUCAGACAAGAUGCAUGUUGCACUUUUUCAAAUUCAUAGCAGAUCAAUUGGUGACUUUUUUGAGUGUUCUAAAGACUAAAGUGAUCGAUUUAUUUAACCUCAGGAAAAAUGGACUAUUAUCUAGGAUACAUAUUGGCGAUAUUAACAUCAGUUCUGACAGUUAUAAAGAAUUACAUUAGAACUGUUAUUCUUGUAUGGAAGUUACCAGGACCUCCAGCCUUACCGUUACUAGGAAAUGUUUUGAUUAUAAAAAACAAUGAAGAACUGAUAUAUGUAAGUACCUACGCGUCAAUUCUAUUUGGACCAUUGAUUAGAAUAUGGGUGUCUCUGCUACCAGUGAUCGUUAUUUAUGAACCCAGACACUUAAAACUUAUCUUAUCCACAAAUAAAAACAACGAAAAAGGGUUUUUCUACAAAGCCUUGCAUAAUUUUAUAGGACCGGGAUUGAUAACAAGUAAUGGAUAUACAUGGAAGAAAAAUAGAAAAUUAAUACAACCGUAUUUUCACAUGAACGUUUUGGAAAAGUUUAUAGAACAUUUCGUUGAAUGUUCGCAUAGAUUUGUUUCCAAAUUAGAUGGGCAAAAGACUCUUAAAAUAACUCCUUUUAUAAAUGACUGCAUUUUGGAUGUUUUGCAUAAUUCAGUGUUAGGAGUUCCGCUUGAUCUUGACUCCCCUUAUAGAAAAGGCGAACUCCAAGCUAUCGAAAGGUUCAUAAGACCAUGGUUGAUUUUUGAACCAAUUUAUAGUUGGACGUCGUCCGCCAAUUACGAAAAGAAACAGAAAAGCAGUUUGGAGUCUUAUACGAAACAGAUUUUAUACGAUAGAAAAAAAGAACUGAAAAAUUCUACAAAAACCUGCUUUUUGGAUAUGUUCAUUGAAAUUAGUGAAAACAAUGAUCAAUUCACCGAAGAAGAUAUAAUAAAUGAAACAAUAACAUUUAUGUUAGCUGGACAAGACUCAGUGGCAGGCACCAUGGCAUUUACCCUAUUUUAUUUAGCAAAAGAACCUGAGAUUCAAGACAAAUUGAUAAAAGAAAUGUCCGAUUACGACGUCAACAGCCAUAUUAGCAUGAAAGAAAUAAACCAAAUGAAAUAUAUGGAGCAAGUGAUCAAGGAAUCUUUGAGACUGAUACCCGUUAUUCCUUUAAUAAGUAGAGUGAUUACCGAAGAUAUUACAUUAGAUAAGACAGUUAUUCCAGCUGGGACAAAUCUUUUCGUGUCGCCAUUCGUGACACACAGAUUGGAAGAAUUCUAUCCAGAUCCGUUAAAAUUCGACCCAGAUAGAUUUGAAGAAAGCAGGGUAGCCAAAAUGCAUCCAUAUUCUUAUUUGCCAUUCAGUCUUGGACCAAGGAAUUGUAUAGGUUACAAAUUUUCAAUAAUAGAAUUGAAAAUCCUGUUAUUUUAUUUUUUGAAGAAGUAUGUGAUAUCUCUGCCUCCUGGAAAAGAAGAAGUUCAAAUUAGUUAUAGAGCUACGAUACGAGCAAGUGGUGGAAUUUGGUUAACUUUAACUCCUAGAACAUAGUUAUACACAUAUUUUUUUAUAAAUUAAUCAUAAUAAAAAAUACUUAACAGGUUUAUGUUAAUUUUAAACCGCCAGAAAUUGUUUUUUUUCCCUUUAUUUUCCUACGUAAUAAUUAUUCACUUUACACCCCAAAUGUGAUAGUUGGUUGAAUUCAGCUCAUCAGGAGCAUCAA